AUGGCAGAAGCUGCAGAAGGAAAUAACAAGAAAAAGAUAUGUAUAAUUGCAGGAGUAGUUCUUUUAAUUGUAGCUGCUGGAUUUAUAGGACUUAUGGUUAUGAAAAAUAAGAGCGCAGAUGAAGGAGCUAACCCAACCCCCAGUGCAGCCACAGGUGGACCCGCAGGUGGGGAAACCGGUGAUGGGAAUUCAUAG